CACAAUGCAACGCUGAUAAAUGAAAAAACUCAAGCAAAACACAUGUCACUCACUAUUCCCCUAAUCCUUCCCUCAGCAUCAUGCUGCGUACAACUUUCCACUAUUUGACUUUCAGGUUCUUAAAAGAUACAGUCUUCUCAUUAUCUUGGAGCGCUUCUCCCCUUCACCAAUUAGGCUUUUACUCUAUCGUCCGUUGAGUGGCAUCUACAGCAUAACUUCGUGCUAGGCGAAAGCGGUGGGCACACAAAAUCUCCCAUCUUACCCUGCAUCAUGGACACAAAUAGUCACACGCACCGAUUGCCUUGGAGGACGACUCCAUUGAUACGGUCCAAGGUACUUUCAAAGUCUGCCGGCUGCAAUAUAUUUCUUAAGCUCGAGUUCCUGCAACCGUCAGGUUCUUUCAAGUCCAGAGGAAUUGGUAACCUGUGUCUCGAGGCCUUAAAGCACGAGACGCCUGAAGUCGCGGCCAAAACGCAUUUCUAUUCAUCCUCGGGCGGUAAUGCUGGCUUAGGCUGUGUACAUGCCGCAGCUUCACUUGGUGCUCAGUCUACUGUGGUCGUACCACUCAGUACCACUGAGUAUAUGAUGAGCAAAGUCCGUCAAGCUGGUGCGUCCGAGGUGAUUCAACACGGAAAGUCAUGGGCUGAGGCCGACUCUCACCUUAGAGACGUCGUGAUACCGGCUGCCAAAGCUCGUGGUAUUAACGCAGUCUAUGUACAUCCAUUUGAUCGACAGGAGAUCUGGACCGGACACUCAACCAUGAUUGACGAAGUUGUCGACCAGCUACAAAGAGAGGAACAAUCGACUCCCGACGUUGUGGUGUGCAGCGUAGGAGGCGGCGGGCUGCUCGCCGGGGUCAUGGAGGGACUUGACCGGCACGGUCUGGGCCAUACAACUCAAGUUCUCGCAAUGGAGACACGGGGAGCAGAUUCACUCCACCAAGCUGUGCAAAAAGGAGAACUGGUGACUUUGGCUGGCAUCACCAGUAUCGCCGGCAGCCUCGGAGCUCGCACGGUGUGUCAAAGGGCUUUGGAAAUGGGUCUGCGGAACAAUGUCCUCCCAUGUGUAUUGGAUGAUGCGGAGGCGGGCAUGGCCUGCGUGCGUUUUGCAGAAGACGAGAGAAUCCUGCUCGAAAUUUCUUGUGGUAUCAACGUCGCUGUCUGCUACAACGACCGGCUCAAGACCUUGUUGCCUACAUUCAACCCUGAUUUGAACGUGGUCAUCGUCGUCUGUGGAGGCAACAACAUCAACCUUGAAAUUCUACAGAGAUAUAAAAACGAUUGGGGUCAUUUGGAGUUUGGUGAUAGAUCUCCGAACCACUCCCAGGUUUCAUGAUUAUGGGACUAUUCAAGCUAGACUGCGCGAAGCUCACCUUGUAU